UCCCACCACAACAACCACAGAAACACCUCCCACAUCAACAACUACAAUUUCACUGCCCACAACAACAACGACAGGACCACCUCCCACAACAACAACCACAAGAACACCUCCCACAACAACAACUACAUUUUCACCUACCACAACAACAACCACAGAACGUACCAAAGAAUUCUCCACAACAACCCCUAAAAUAAUUACACAUCCAGUGGUAACAACAACACAAAAAAAAACCUCUCAAUGUAUGUGUGAAUACCAGAAUCAUACAUUUCCUGCUGGUAGCGCCAUGUACAAUGGGACUGAUGGAAAAGGCCAGUGUUACACUGCAUAUUGCGAUUCAUCAUGUGGUACUGAAAUCCGUCCCCAGCCAUGUAACUUUACACCUCCACCAACUUCAUCUAUUCCCAUAACGAGCUCUCGCACUCCAGUAAUUCCAGAAACCCCAGGCUGCCUUUUUCUCAAUCCACCUAGAAAGAAUGGUGAAACCUGGCGUUCAAACAACUGCACCACAGAAACAUGUGAAAAUGGAAAACACAUUACAACACAUGUGCAAUGUAAUGUAACAAAUAUUGUUUGUGAGAAUGGGCAACCACCAGUUAAAGUUUAUGAUGAAAAUGGCUGUUGUUUCCACUAUGAAUGCAAAUGUGUUUGUGGUGGCUGGGGAGAUCCUCAUUAUGUGACAUUUGAUGGACAAUACUACAGCUUCCAAAAAAAUUGCACUUAUGUCCUGGUUAAAGAGAUCACACCUCGACACAAUUUUAAAGUUUAUAUUGAAAAUGUAAACUGUAAUCCCACUGGAACUGUGACCUGUCCUAAAUCCCUUAUUGUGUAUUACAAAAACUAUACAGUUAUUCUCACACAGGAGAGAGGAGCAAAGACUGUGAACAAGGUAUAUGUCAACGGCAGUCUUGUCACUACUAUGUUUACAAAUAAUGACAUGACCAUCACAAAUCAAGGAAUUGAGAUGCGGUUAACAAUCCCAAAAAUUGAAGCAGUUGUGAUGUUCAAAGGUCUUUUAUUCAGCGUAGAUGUACCAAUGACUCUUUUCUAUGGCAACACAGAAGGACAGUGUGGUACCUGUGACAAUAACACAAAAAAUGACUGCAGACUGAAAAAUGGUCAGAUUUCUCCAUCAUGCUCUGACAUGGCAUAUGACUGGCGUGUAUCUGUCGACAAUACGCCAUACUGCAAUGGGCCUCCCCCUCCACCUCCACCUCCACCUCCAACAUGCGUCACAAGCUCACUUUGUGAAAUCCUAAACAGCGAGGUAUUCAAGGAAUGCCGCAAAGUAAUAAGUGUACAUCCAUUUUAUGAAGCCUGUAAAUUUGAUGUUUGCUACACAACUGUUCCUAUGGGAUGCAGCAGUAUUGAGGCAUACAACUUGAUGUGUGCUGAGGCAUCUAUCUGUGUAGACUGGAGGAAUGCUACUAAAGGAGUGUGUGAAUAUAAAUGCCCAGACAAUAAAGUCUACAAGCCUUGUGGGCCAACUGUUGUUCAAACUUGCAAUGCAAGAUACAAUGAACAGUUCUCUCAGCAAUGUAAUGCAGAAGGUCCCCAAAACAAGAACUGCAAUUCUUUUGGAGAGGGGUGCUUCUGCCCAGGGGGAAUGACUUUGUUCAGUUCAACCUCUGAUGUCUGCGUCUCCUCCUGUUGCGCUGGACCUGAUGGCAAACCUAAAGAGCUUGGUGAAACCUGGAAGAUUGGCUGUCAGGAAUGUGUUUGCGAUAAGAACACUUUUAGUGUGGUUUGUAAGAAUGUAACAUGCGCUACUCAAAAUCCAGUAAAGUGCACCGAAGGUGAGGUGCUGGUGAACAAAACAGUGGACUGCUGUGUGACACCGACAUGUGAAUGUAACACGAACACUUGUCCAUUGCAACCACAUUGUGACGUGGGAUUUGAAUUGAAGGUUAACACCCCAAAGGAUAAAUGCUGCCCUGUUUACAGCUGUGUGCCCAAAGAUGUUUGUGUCUUUAAUAAUACCGAGUACAAGCCUGGUGAUGAUUUCCGCAAAAGCCUAUGUGAACAAUGCCUCUGCACUGAAACCAAGAAUUCCAAAAUGGAGCUGAACAGCUACAAGUGUACUGAAAUACAGUGUUUAAAAAAUUGUGACAAGGGCUAUGAAUAUACGGAUGUGCCUGGAUCAUGUUGUGGAAAAUGUAUAAGGACAAGCUGUGUUGUGAAUGUCUCAGGCGUUUCUUCUCCAGUAAUUAUUAAGCCUUCUCAGACUUGGUGGUCAAAGGAUCAGUGUACCAAGUAUGACUGCGUGAAAGUGAACAAUGAAUUUGUAGUUGUAGUACAAAACACAACAUGUCCUCCAUUUGAUCCCAACAACUGCAUUCCAGGAACUGAGCAAACAGAUGCAAGUGGUUGCUGCAAAAUUUGUCUGCCUCCUUCCCCCUGUAAAAUCCACACCAACACCACCUAUCUGUACAUAAAUGACUGCAAAUCAGUUGAGAAAGUGGAACUCACAUCAUGUGAGGGAUCCUGUGGAGCAUCCUCCUCAAUAUAUUCGGCAAAGGCCAAUAGCAUGAUGCAUUCAUGCACCUGCUGUCAAGAAAUGAAGACCAGCGAGAAGGAAGUGCAGAUAAAGUGCGCCAAUAACACCACAAAAAUGUACAAGUACAUUUCAGUUGACCAGUGUGGCUGCAAAGCUGCUGAAUGCAAAGAGCAUGAUUGUAAAGAUUGUGAAAAGAAAGAUGGAAAACUGGACUAGAAAAUCUGACAAAUAUAUAUGUCAAUUAUUUCUUCCUAAAACCUAUCUAAACAAUAUAAACAUAAUAUCAGAAGACUAAAAACAAAACUCGAUGCUAAACCUCUUAAACAGCAGAGAUGUUUUAGUCUGAAACUUGCAUCUUCUUAAGUUGUCUCUUUCUAACUUAAAGUCCCUCUCCAAACAUUUGCAUGUACUCUUUUGGAGGUGGGAGAAAAUAAUAUAUUUCUGUGGUGGGUGUGUCCUUUCAUCUCUCCAGAAGUCAUUCCCUUACAAACUUUAUAAUGUGCCGUUUCAGCUUCCACAUAAAUUUAGAAAUUCAGAUUUAACUGAAAUCGCAGUAAUUCAGUCAUGGUUCUUUGAAUUGGGAAAAGAGUUCCAUAUAAGAAUGGGAAAACCAAUAACUUGAAUUUUAAAUUAUAGUUGAACAUUAUUUCUAACAACACAAUUAUGUAACAUUCAAUUUUAUUAUUAGCAAAAGAGUUAAAAGAAUGUCUAAAAUAUCUUUGUCAAAUAUCUAAUAUUUUCAACUACUUUCUAUUUCAAUAAAAUUCAGCUUUGAUCAUGA